CAGCCCCUCCCCUCAACUGUCUGCAGGUUCCCAGACCCCUGGGCAGAGCCAUCAUUCCUGUGCUCUGGUGGCAGGGUGGUGAAGUGAACUCUGUCUUUCUGUCUCUCUAAACAGGUCUUCACACAAUGAACUAGAAAAGCACAGACGAGCCAAACUCAGGCUCUACCUGGAGCAGCUCAAGCAGCUGGUGCCCCUGGGCCCUGACAGCACCCGCCAUACCACGCUGAGCCUCCUGAAGCGCGCCAAGAUGCACAUCAAGAAACUGGAGGAGCAGGACCGCCGGGCACUGAGCAUCAAGGAGCAGCUGCAGCGGGAGCACCGCUUCCUGAAGCGGCGCCUGGAGCAGCUGUCGGUGCAGAGCCUGGAGCGCGUGCGCACAGACAGCACAGGUUCUGCCGUCUCCACCGACGACUCGGAGCAAGAAGUGGACGUAGAGGGCAUGGAGUUUGGCCCCGGCGAGCUGGACAGCGUUGGCAGCGGCAGUGACGUGGAUGACCACUGCAGCCUGCAGAGUGGCGGCGGCAGUGACGGCGGCUUCGGGCCCCCCUGCAGGCGGCCUGGCCACCCUGGCCUCUCGUAGGCCCUGCCCUCUGCUCCUUGGCCUGUUUGCCCGCCCGGCCAAGUGUGUCCGCCCUCCAGUCCUUGAAAGCCUUUCCACGGGCCCACUGCUGUGCCAUUCUGGAAGCUCCAGCUGCCACCCGGGCUGCCCGCCUCCGCCCACCUGCUGGUCAGGGCCUGCCGCGCCGCCCGCUCCUCCCGCCUGGGCAGGGACCCUCCAGGAGGCGGGCCGGCUCCCACGGCCCAGAGCCCAGCAUAGCCGCCCACGGUCUGUUCUCAGAUUCCUAAUCAUUCCAGAAGUAUUAAAUAUCAUUGCUGCAAACCUCGGCGGGCGCCGUGUGAGGGGCUUAAUAACCACCAUGGGGAGCUCAGACCCCCUCCCCGGAUCCCAGGAGAAAGGAAUGGACUGAGGAAAGAAGGAAGGCGUGGCUCUCCGUCCGUCCGUCUAUCCAUCUGUCGGUCCACGUAGGCUCCUGAGGCGUGCACAGAGGGAUCCGUGAAGGGCGGGACUCGGGUGAGCAGCCUGGGGCAGGUGGGUGGAAGGGACCUUUGCACCCGCAGGUGUCAGGAGCUGGGGCUGGGCUUCUAGGGGCUGCCAGGCCACCCCAUUCCAAGCUGGGCGGCUUCUGCUCUGUUGUUAGAUCCCGCAGAUACACACACGCACGCGCCUAGGCACACGCGCCUGCCCGCACACACAUGCACACACGUAGACACGUGGUCACUGGACCCAGAGGUCCCGGGGGCUCAGUGAGCACAUGUCCUUGGGGCCUUCAGGGGUCAGAUGGGCAAAUGCUGGCCCCUGGCCUGUGCCUGGAUCCCCCUCCAACCCCUGGCUCACCUGCCCAGUCUGUACAGGGAGGGGGACUUCUCCUCCCAGCAGGGGCUGAGGAGUGCUAGGGGCAGGAGUUGAAACCACUGGGUCCUCAGAGGGCUCUCUCAUCUCCCUUAAAAACAAAAAACAAAACAAAACAUUGUUGCACUGCCUAGCAGCCCAGAACAGGGCUCCCGGGAGAGAAGCUUUUCCCCAGAAAACAAGAGAGCGAUGUUUUCAAAAGGAGGAAGAGCUCUAGAGACUCCGGCCAAGUGCUGUCGGUGGUGCCGCCUGCUUCCUGUACAAGAUUUUUCUACUCUAUUUUCCUAGCCGUCCUUGCGUCCUUGUUUGCUGAGGGGUGGGAGCGACCCAGCGUCUCAGGGACUUGUCCGUCUGUCACCGUCGUCCAAGUGUGCCUUGUGUCCUGUGUGUGGCCCCACCCCGACCACCACCACCAGCAUCUCCAUGUGGCUCACGGGAUGCCCCACCUGCCCCACAGGUGCCCUCCUGGGCUCCUCGCCGUGGGCAGCCCCUCCUGGCAGCCAGGGCUUCCUGGGAGCGAGACGGCCAGGCCAGGUCAGGUGGGGGCUGUGUGACAGCAGGGCUGCUUUCUGUCACCUGGCGGGAGGGGCCUGCUCUUUGCCCCCCCGCCCCCCACUGUGCUGCCUGGCCUCUGGUCAGUGGCCUGCUACCCAGAGAAAUAAGUUCUUCCCUGUACCCAGCUCGAACCCUCCCUUCUCCCUCUGGGGGCAAGGGCUCCAGAUUCCAAACGUUGGCAGCUGCUGAAGACAACCGCUCACCCCGGGUGGUCAGGCCUGGGCAUUAGGAGGCUUCUCCUGGCCUUUUGUUCUCAAAAUCCUUGUCCCCGGGGGCCACAGAGCAAUAUUCGGGUGGCAGGGCUGUGGGGCUGACCCACAGCAGUGUCUGCUCCCCUCUCUGGUGCAUUGUAACCAAUUUCCAGAUCGUGGGGGGAAAUUUUGUGUUUCUCUUUGGUCAUGCAGAUGGAUACCCCAGGGUGGGUGGCCUGAUGAGGCAGAAAGAGGUCCCUGGGGACAGCUCUGGCAUAGGACCUGCCCUACCGGGGCCUGGGAUGGCUGUGGAGAGCGGGCUUGUGGGGGGACAGUGCAUGGAGUUGGGAGACCACCACAUGUUGUGCUGGUGGUUGCAAGGAAAACUGUUCUGUCAGCAUCUCCUUCCAGCUCCGAUGGGGUCUGUAGUGCCCAGAAGGGGCCUUGCCCAUCUGCCUGAGCAUGCCCACCAAGUGUUUCUGGCAAGGACCCCAAAACCCUCUGGGCAGGGCAGGAACACCUGUGUGUAAGAGCCUGCUGUAGGAGACCCAACUGUAGACCUCUGGGAUGGUCUGUGUCCUGGAUUCUUAAAGCAUCAGCUCUCUAACCACCCCACCCCUAACACCUGGGGGAGGUUCUGCUCCCACCUCUGGCCAGCAGAGUCCUGCCCAGGUGACCAGCUGUGUCCUUCAGUUGGCCUUCUGGCAGCUUAGCCCAUGGCUUCUCACGCCCCAGUUCCCAUGUGGACCAGGAGUUGGCCUCACUGGCCCUCCUCGGGGUGCUGGGGUCCCGCUAACACUCCCCACCACCAGCAGACACCAGCAAGGGUCUGGUGCUAGAGCUACUCACACACCUGGCCCCUGCCGGUGGCCACGGGGACCCAGAGGAUUGUUGUGGGGUCUGUGGAAAGCAAACAUGACCAGAAUAGUGCCACUUGGGGUGCCUGCACCCUCUCUCUCUGUGCCCUCCCAUGUGGGCCAGUGUGGCACUUGGCAGCUGAGAUCCUGGAACCCCAGGCUCAGGUUGGGGCCCGCAUCCUCACUGUGAGGUGGCCCCCACCCUCAGUGCAGGCCCAGCUGGCUGGGGAGUUUGCCAGUGCAGAUUAGGUCUCAGAAGCCCUGUGCCCAGGCCUGCUCUCCUGGGCAGACAGAGCCAUGCACCUAACGAUUUCUCUGAGGGCCCCACCCUCCUGUCUGCCCCAGACAGUCCCCAUCUGCUGGUUGAGGCAGCUCCCCCCCCCCCGCCAGUCUCUCUCUGGGAGCUGACCUGGAGUCCCCUCCCCACCACUGGGCACACAGGACUCCGACCCCCUGGCCAUGUUUAGGGCACUAGGGCAGGUUCUGUGCCAGAGUCUGGGGCGGCUGGGGGCCUGGUGCUGGCCAGGUGGGCACUACAAGAUCCUCGCUGGAGAGAGAUGGGCCACCCACCCGCCUGCUCGCCAGGAGGGACUGUGCUGUACCAUUCUGUCUUUGUAACAUAAAUACAGAUUUUUAUACCUCA